AACUGGAGCGCCCAACGACACGAGCGAGCGAGCUGCCUACCGGCAACAGCCAUCCCCAUCCAUGGCUACGCACCAUGAGCGGCAGCAGCAGCAACCGCUGCACAUCCUCUUCCUCCCUUUCUUCGCGCCAGGGCACCUCCUUCCGGCCGCUGACGUGGCCGCGGUUUUCGCCGCCCGUGGCGCGAGGUGCACCAUCCUCACCACGCCCGUCAACGCCGGCAUCAUCCGCCCGGCCGUCGACCGUGCCAACGACGCCUGUACUCUCCACGGCACCGGCUCCCCAACAAUCGAUAUCGCCCUGAUGCCGUUCCCCGACGUGGGGCUCCCGCCGGGCGUCGAGAACUACAUGGCCCUUACCACGCUCCAGGUAGACUGCCGCGCCAAGUUCGUGCGAGCGGUGCAGCUGGUCCAAGAACCAUUCCACCGCUUCCUGGCCGCCAACCGCCUCGACGCUGUCGUGUCCGACAGCUUCUUCAGUUGGUCCGUGGACGCCGCCGCGGAGCACGGCGUCCCGCGGCUCGUGUUCACUGGCACCAGCGUGUUCGCGCGGUCCUGCAACGAGAGCAUGCUGCGCAACAACCCGUUGCAGACGACGACGACAAGUGAGGACGAUCUUGAAGCUCUCGUUGCGCUCCCGAGGCUGCCGCACCGCGUCAAGCUGCGGCGGAGCCAGAUGAUGGACCCCCGGAAGCAGCCGGGGGCGUGGGCGUUCUACCAGAGCAACAACGCCGCCGACCAGAGGAGCUUCGGCGAGGUGUUCAACAGCUUCCACGAGCUGGAGCCGGACUACGUGGAGCACUUCCAGACGACGCUCGGCCGCCGCGCGUUUCUCGUGGGGCCGGUCGCCCUCGCCACCAAGGACAUGGCUGCCAGCGGCGCCAACGUCAACGCCGAGGUUAACAAGGACAGCUGUCUGCGGUGGCUAGACACGAAGCCUGCCCGCUCAGUGGUGUACGUCUCCUUUGGCACGGCAACACGUUUCUCGCCGGCGGAGCUGCGCGAGAUAUCCCGUGGCCUCGACCUCUCAGGCAAGAACUUCGUGUGGGCCAUGAGUGCCGGCGAAAGCACCGAAUCAUCAGAGUGGAUGCCUGAAGGUUUCGCCGAGCUGACGGCAAACGUCGAUGACAGCCGCGGCUUCAUCAUCCGGGGCUGGGCGCCGCAGACGCUCAUCCUGAACCACCCUGCCCUCGGCGGGUUCGUGACGCAUUGUGGCUGGAACUCUGUGAUGGAGGCCGUGAGCGCCGGUGUACCGAUGGUGACAUGGCUGCGGUACGCCGACCAGUUCUUGUGCGGUUAG